GCGGGUUGGAUAAAUGUUUACCCGACAUGCACUGCGCACAGAAACCGGGGAAAGUGUUAUGUAGUGGGUCAUUCAUGGAGUUGAACCUGUGUCCCUGUCAUUAAGCAUGAUUCUCUGGUGUACCGGGGACAGCAGGCCGCAGUGACCGCCAUGAGCUGCGCUUCUGCCGGGCUCCGUUUCUGCGCUUCUCCGCCUCUUUCCUCCCGAAGAUCCGAGCCAGUCUGACCCGAGAGAGAGGACGCCUCUGCGUGAUGGCUGCUCGUGUGCGCAGACUCUCUGCUGUUACUGCUGUGGUCCUGGCCUCCUCUGGCCUGUACCUCCACAAAAAACAACUGGACAUCAAUGACCUCAGUGUGGUGCGCUUUGGAAGAGCUGCAGCCACUACAUUCCUGAUCAGUUAUGAUUACCUGACAGCCUUCAGACAUGUAGAGAACGAUACAGAGGAGUACUGGGAGCUCAAGUCCAAGGUUCAUAAGAGAUCAGCGGAGCGUCUUCGGGACCUGUGCUGUGCCAACCGUGGGACAUUCAUCAAAGUGGGGCAGCACCUGGCAGCCCUGGACUACCUGCUGCCCCCCGAGUACACUUCCACCCUCAAGGUCCUGCACAGCCGCGCCCCUCAGAGUAGUAUGCAGGAGAUCAGACAGGUCAUCAGGGAGGACCUGGGGAAAGAGUUGUCAGAGAUCUUUGUCUCGUUUGACGAGCUCCCUCAGGGAGCUGCAUCCUUGGCCCAGGUCCACAAGGCCAUGUUGCAUGAUGGGAGAACAGUGGCAGUCAAAGUGCAACACCCCAAAGUGCAAACACAGAGCUCAAAGGACAUCCUGGUGAUGGAGGUGUUGGUGAAAGCGGUUCAUUGGCUCUUUCCAGACUUUGCUUUCAUGUGGCUGCUGGAAGAAGCCAAAAAGAACAUGCCCUUGGAGCUGGACUUCUUAAACGAGGGGAGGAAUGCAGAAAAAGUAGCCAAAAUGCUGUCUCACUUUUCCUUCCUAAAGGUGCCUAAAAUCCACUGGGAUUUGUCGACCAAGAGGAUUUUGACCAUGGACUUGGCUGAAGGGGGUCAGGUUAAUGACAAGGAGUAUAUCCAGAAGCAUGGCAUCAGUGUAAACGAGCUUUCCGAAAAUUUGGGAAAGAUAUACAGCGAAAUGAUCUUCCUUCAUGGCUUCAUCCAUUGCGACCCACACCCGGGAAACGUGCUGGUGCGAAAAUGCCCCCACAGCGGCAAAACUGAUAUCAUCCUCCUGGACCAUGGCCUCUAUCAGGUCUUGCAGACGGACUUCAGGGUGGAGUACUGUAAGCUGUGGCAGGCUCUGAUAAACAGGGACCUAAAGGAGAUGGAGCAGUCAAGCCGCAGACUGGGUGCUGGGGACCUGUACCCUCUGUUUGCUUGUGUGCUCACUGCUCGCUCCUGGACGGCUGUCAACUCCGGCAUCAGUUCUGCACCCAUCACACACUCAGAGGAUGUGGAGAUCCGCACAAACGCGGCUCGGUACCUGCCUCAGAUCAGCGACCUGUUGAACCGGAUCCCUCGUCAAAUGCUGCUGCUGCUGAAGACCAACGACCUGCUGAGAGGCAUUGAGAGCUCCUUACAGACGCAAGCCUCCUCCUCCUCCUUCAUCAACAUGUCACGCUGCUGUGUGCGGGCCCUCGCCAGGCAUAAGAGGAGCAAGUGCAGGUCUAGUCUGAAGCGGCUGCAUCUCACCGUCUCUGAACAGGUGACUCUGUUUAAGCUCACUGUGUACCAGGUGUGUGUGUGGCUCCACUCCUGUGUCCUGGGACAGUGGCUCUCUGCUCUGCUUGGAUUUCUUCACACAACACACUCAUGAUGGACCUGAAAUCUUACUAUUCCCAUCCCGGCUGCGGAUUUUAAUAUAUUGUAAUUUUCUUUAUUUAAUAUAUGUUAUAAAAAUGUUACGGUAAUCAAAUGGUAUUCAGCGGUGUGUACACAUUGUUUGUUUCACACACAGGUCAUAAAUGAAGCAAUGAUUUUAACUGUUCUGUGUAUGCUUCCGUGGAGAUCUACCUCAAGGAAAAAGCUUUGUGAUAGAGGUGACCACAAUGUCAUUUCCUGUCCAGUACAUUCAACUCAAUACUGCAGACAUUUUAAUAAUAUUUAAUUUAUAUUUAAGUCAGUUCAUGCAUUUAUCACUACUGUUUUGUGCCAUAUUAUGGAACAUUGUCAAUAAAUGAUCUGCAACACAGAAGAGCAGAGAAAUACUUAACCAUAUUAUAAGUGUUCCCUGAUCAUUAGUUUACUCAGAGUUGGAUUUUUGAUUGGUUCAUGUAUGUUUGAGUAAUCCUUUAUUGUUCAGCAUUCAACGAAAUGCAGUAGUGAAAAUCAGUUUUCACCUACCC